AUGUCGUGAUCUGUGUAAAAUACAGAGCCCUCUUGUGGUUGUAUGAGUAAUUACAGGAAUGCGCCUGUGUAGUAAUUCGGUCUGUUACACAUGCUCAUAAUAUUAACAUGCCGGUGUAUUAAACAGCACCAGGUGGGAACUCACUUUUAUAUUACUUUUUUAUUUACUUUUAUUUAUUGUGUCCCCUGACCAACAGCUCUUGGAAGCAAUGAGUUGCCCAUCAUCUGGCCAGCAGGGCAACAGCAUAUGGCCUUGCCAGGGAACUCAGCAAACAGGGGGACCAGCAUGGCCUGGUCAAUCCUGCCAAUCUUACUGGCCCUGUCAGCCCAACCAGCCUAGCUGGCCUGGGAUGCAGCCCAAUGUACCAAAUUGGCCACAAAACCCACCAGUGCCUCCCAGUCAGCCAGGUUGGCCUACUCCCCCUGCUACUCAACCCAGUCAGCCCAGUCAACCUACUCAACCUACUCAACCCACUCAACCUAUCCAACCCGGUCAGCCUUUCCAACCCGGUCAGCCUAUACAACCUGGCCAGCCUAUUCAACCCAGCCAGCCUAUCCAGCCAAGCUGGCCGGCACAGCUCCCAACCCCUACAGGGUACCUUCCCAAUCCCACACCUCCGGUGUGGCCUGGGCACCCAGGACAGUCAGGAUGGCCUGGUCAGGGCCCCACUGGAGGUCCAGUAGAGGUAUGGCCACCUGCUCCAUCCAUGGGCCCUGUGUCAGUGCCCUUCAAUAUGAAUUUCCCGAGAGGAAUCUAUGACAAGCUGAUGCUUACCAUAAGAGGACAGGUCAAGCCUGACGCUAAAAUCAGUUGGCCACCUCCACACCAAGGCUUUUAUUUGGCAUUUGGACACACCAGGUUCACCGUGAAUUUUCUGCGUGGCAACGACAUCGCCUUGCACAUCAACCCACGCUUCAAUGAGCGGGGCAAAAUGGUCGUUGUCCGCAAUCACAAACUGGGAGAGCAGUGGGGUGUUGAGGAGAGGAACCUUCUAGGAGCCUUUCCUUUUGUUCCAGGCCAUCACUUUGAGAUGAAGAUCCUCUGUACAGUCAGCGAGUUCAAGGUGGCGGUCAAUAACACUCCUAUGUUUGAGUUUAAGCACCGUAUCAAAGAGGUCAACCAGAUCGACCGCAUCAACAUUCUGCAUGACGUGAGUCUCACGUCUGUCAACGUGGACACACUGCCUUAAACCACACAGAUGAGAGGGCUUCCUUCUCCAGACACAUCGCAUUUACAUAAACACCCGAGACAGCAAGGCAACAGUGAGGAACUUGGAUGUUGUCACCCCAUACAGUUUUGCUCAGGUGUUAACCACUGAGUAAUGCGAAUACUCACCAGAGACCUCACAAGCCGUUAUGGUAUUGACACCCCACAUUCCACAGCUUCAAACUCUAAUGCUUUUACUAAAAGUAUCAAGCUAUCUUUGUUAGAGAAGAACCUUGAUAUGGUUAUAUACACAAACAUACAUAUUUUUGCUUCUUUUAGGUGGACAAGUGUGAUCUAAUAAAACAUGUGCUUUUUCCAUUUAAGCUGAAAUUUAUUAAAAUAACAUUCUAUAAUUGACAAAAUUCUGCAUCAUAGCAUACAUAAAUCACACAAAAAGACGACCAUCACUAGACUUAUACAUGAAAUACAGCCUGAAGAUUAAUAAAAAGUCAAACAAACAAAAAGGCACAACUAGAAGCACAUGGAUAAUAAAUAUUUAAUGACCCCCAUGUAUGAGGAUCUAGAGCUUUAUCACUUUGCUUUCUACUGGACUUAAUUAUGAUUUGAA